AUGCUCAAGUUCAGAUUUGAAGAACUAGAAAAGAAAAAUAAAAUAGAUACUGCUAAGCUUACUGCCGAAAAUGCUGAGCUUAAAGAUAGACAAAAAGGAUUAUUAUCUAUUCCGUCGCCUAUUGAGGUCUAUUCUGAAAAGGAAAAAAACAUUACUCCUAGCUUGACAAUACCUGAAUCAAUAACAGAACCUGAAAUAUCCGAAUCUUCUUUAUUGCAAGAUACUAUCAAUGACGACUCAAUUGAGAUUCUUGAAUUUCCAAUACAAAACACCUCUUCCCCUUCUGAUAUGCAAAAUGAGGUAAAUUCUAUAACCACUCCCUCUAUCCUAUUAACUCAUAUCUCUACUCACUCUGUGACUGCCUCCGGCAAUUCGGAAGAUAUGGUAAGUGAGAAUGAUGAAUCUUUACUAGAGACUAAGAUAAGUAUGCACGAUGAUUCUUUAAAUUCUAAUUUGGAACCCUCUGAUAGUGAUAAUGAAAAUUUCUCUGAUAAUGAAGAUGAAUAUAGUUUUAAUAAAAAUAUUAUAUUUUUUGAUGAUGAAGAUGAAGGUUAUUAUUACGAAUUAAGUACCGGCAAAACUUACAGAAAAUCAGAUCAUUCAAUCUGC